AUGACUAACGAACACAUCACAUCACAGCAGCCUUUCGCGCGCGGAAAUAAUCUGCCACACCGGCUAUGGUUGUCCGAUAGUACUGAUUAUCUGUCCUGCGUCUGUUCCGUAGGGCUGGGAACCCGUGUGCGCUCAAAGGGUCGGCUGCUGACUUCUGACUGGCUGCACAGAGUCUAUUUGUGGGCUUCUUUCGAACUCAGGGUAGUCGCAGUAGUAGCAGUCGCAUCAGCGGCAGCAGGAACAGCAUCGACAACAGCACCACACACCGGUACGGUACCAACUGUUCCGUCAUCAAGCAGCAGAAGAAGCACGACGAAAACAAUCCGCGCCAGGGUUGUAAAUCUUCGGGGCCGUAACUUAACUUUCACCACCCCAGCUGGGCAGUGUUUGAAAAGAAGAAAAGAAAAAGUGUCGUGUUCUGCACUGCAUAGACCGACUGCCAGCGCAUCACCCUCCCAAUCAGCGUGCAUCCUCACUGCCGCAUCGCAAGCUAGAACGGUUGCUAAUCAUAACUCCCCAUUAUUACUUCCUACGCAGUCUUCCACCCUAGAAUCCGUCCAAUUCCAGGUCCUCCAAUCCGACACAGGAACUUUCAUCGUCAUCAUACUUUUCUACAAUUUAGGCGUUACUACUACUCUCUGCAAAGUACCUUUAUCCCCAGCAGUCUUUCACUGGAACGGAGAAACAUUGUGUGCGAAACGCUCGGGCAUCUCGACCUCAGUAUCAUCAUACAGUUCCUUGCUGGUAGAAGAUCAGCCUCUUCACUGCAGGUUGCCCCCCCAUCCCAUUACGAAGUACCCACGCACACACACCCCACCAACACCACCACUACCAGCGGCCUUCGAAUUUUCUUUCCGCAAAAUAUUUGGCCAACGCAACAGACAGACACGUGCUUUGCUCUGCAAUUUUUUGGAACGAGGAAAGGAAAAAAAAAUUAAAAAUAACAAACCCACCCCAAACGAAGGCAACAGCCGGGUUCACGUUCUUCGUACCUCAAGCUUAAGACUCAUCAGUUCACAACCUAUUCUCCGCAUUUACCCCAUCCAGUCAUUCUUCUCUGAGCCCACCGUGGUGUCUUUGAGAUAA